AUGGAAGCCAUGUCGCCGGCCACCCGCAAGCGGCUCGGGUACGAGUCCGGCGCCGCCUUGAUGGCCGAGGGCCCGCAGGUCCUGCACGAGCACAUCGCCACCAAACUCGGCAAGGCACUCGGCUUGGCCAUGCCCCAGAUGGACGUGCGCUUCAGCAACCUGUCUGUCACUGCUGACGUUGUCGUGGUCGAUGAAGACAGCAAGUACGAGUUGCCGACCAUCCCCAACACCCUCAUGAAGACCUUCAUCAGCCCGAAGAAACGCAUCGUGCGCAAGGAGAUCCUCAAGGACGUCAGCGGGCCAACCUGGCUCCGGCAAGUCGGCCCUGUUGAAGAUGCUGAGUGCUCGGUCCCCAUGACCAAGAACAUCACGGUCGAGGGCAACAUCUCCUUCAACAACGUGCAGCGCGAGCAGAUCAUCAAGACGCUGCCCCAGUUCGUGGCCUACGUGAACCAGCGUGACAAGCACUACCCCGUGCUGACCGUCAAGGAGACACUGGAGUACGCGCACAAGUUUUGUGGCGCUGAGCUGUCCGAGCACGCCAAGAAGAUGCUCUCGCAGGGUACCCCAGAGGAAAACGAGGAGGCCUUGAGAGCGGCCAACGCCAUGUUCGCACACUACCCGGACGUCAUCAUCCAGCAGCUCGGACUCCAGAACUGCCAGAACACCAUCGUGGGCGACGCCAUGACCCGCGGUGUGUCCGGCGGCGAGCGCAAGCGCGUGACGACCGGCGAGAUGGAGUUCAGUACCAAGUACGUGACGCUCAUGGACGAGAUCAGUACGGGUCUCGACAGUGCGGCCACGUACGAUAUCAUCAACACGCAGCGUAGUGUGGCCCACAAGCUGCGCAAGACCGUCGUCAUCGCUCUGCUUCAGCCGUCUCCGGAGGUUUUCGCGUUGUUCGACGACGUGAUGAUGAGCAAGGUCGAGGAGUACUUCGAGUCUCUCGGGUUCAAGUGCCCGCCUCAACGUGACAUCGCCGACUACCUGCUGGACCUGGGCACGCAGGUGCAGUACCAGUACCAGGUCGAACACCCGACGAAGCAGCCUCGCCGGGCCAGUGAGUUUGCCGACACCUUCAAGGAGUCGCGCAUCUACAUGGAGUCGAUGUAUGCUCUGGAGGCCCCGUACGACCCCGAACUGCUCCACAGCGUGGAACAGAACAUGAAGCCGAUGCCCAUGUUCAGCCAGUCGUUCGUCGACAGCACGCUGACGCUGCUGAAGCGCCAGCUCACCAUCACAUACCGCAACAAGCCCUUCAUCUUUGGACGCGUGCUGAUGAUCGCAGUCUCCGUUGUGCUGGGUGUGGUCUUCUCUUCGGUCAUGUUCCUGUCCAUGGGCCAGUCGUCGCAGAUCCCGACGUACAUGGCAGAGCGCGAGGUCUUCUACAAGCAGCGCGGUGCCAACUUCUUCCGUACUGCAUCUUACGUGCUGGCCACCUCGGCGAGUCAGAUCCCGUUGGCGUUCGUCGAAACGAUCAUCUUCGGCUCGCUGGUGUAUUGGCUGUGUGGAUUCGAGUCCGAGUUCCAGCUUUUCAUCAUCUUCGAGUUCGUGCUCUUGGUGAUGAAUCUGGCCAUGGGAAUGUGGUUCUUCUUCCUGAGCUCCGUAGGCCCGAACGAGAAUGUCGUCACCCCGUUGGGUAUUGUCUCGGUGAGCUAA